AAAGAAAAGUUUCAGGCCUUCAAUGAAAUAUCUUCCAAUAUUAAGAAUACUCCUUGUUCCCAAGAAGAUGGAAGGGUAGCUCAAGUGUACUGUAUUCCUCAAGUUUAAGAGGUCACUCCAUCAAUGGCGUUCCUUCUAUCACACCCACCUACCCUUCUAACGUUCUCUCAUGAGAAGUCCCACUUCAAACCCCCAUGUCCAAGAACCCAUUUUUCUUCACUUCAAAACAGACCAAUUCUCUCAAAGUCGAAAUCUUUGCCCUCAUUUCGAAAUUUAUCUCAUUUGGGCCAUCCGCAGAUCUCUGCAGCAAAGGCCUCGUCAAAUGAUUUUCUUGAAGAAAUUGGAAAGGAUGAAUCUUUAUUGGGAUCUGAUGGAAAACCAGUGAAAUUCCUCUUUUGGGUGUUGUUGUGGGCAUCUGUGUCUAUUGGCUUUUUCGCAUAUUCUGGGGAUGCAAAAGCUGCAGCAAUUGCUGCUGCUGAUUCUAUUAGGGCUUCGGGCUCUGGCGUUAAGGUUGCUAAUGCUUUGCGGGCGUCGGGCUGGCCUGAUGAGGCUGUCGUCUUUGCAUUGGCUACACUUCCAGUGAUUGAGCUGCGUGGGGCAAUUCCCGUUGGUUAUUGGUUGCAGCUGAAGCCUGUAACUUUAACUGUGUUAUCUGUUCUUGGGAACAUGGUUCCAGUACCCUUUAUCAUAUUAUACCUGAAACGAUUUGCAACUUUUCUUACUGGAAAGAAUGAAACUGCUUCUCGAUUCCUGGACAUGGUAUUCAAGAGGGCCAAAGAGAAGGCUGGACCUGUAGAAGAAUUUCAGUGGCUUGGCCUGAUGCUAUUCGUGGCAGUUCCGUUCCCUGGAACUGGAGCUUGGACAGGGGCCAUCAUUGCAUCUAUAUUGGACAUGCCGUUCUGGCCUGCUGUCUCCGCAAAUUUUGUUGGUGUCGUAUUAGCUGGACUUCUGGUAAACUUGCUGGUAAACCUUGGACUCAAAUAUGCUGUUCUAACUGGUGUAGUUCUAUUUAUUAUCUCCACAUUCAUGUGGAGUAUUCUCCGUUGUCUGAAAAAUUCAUUGACCACGUCAACUUGAUGUGAGUUUAGGAAACAAAAAUAGAAAUUUUUAUGUUAACAGACUUAUUAGGUUACAUUGAAUUUGAUAGUCCAGUAUCCUUUGAAGUUUCUUUCCCCCACAUUCAUAGGAACUGUAUUGUCACAACGGAGCUGAAAAACGAGGGUUGUCUUCGCCAAGACAUAGCUCGUUUUAGCGUUACCAUUUUCCUGUUGCCUCCUUUAGAUGAAUUGGAGAAAGAAUCAAACAGGAAAAAUGCUUCUCUUUGGA